GUUAGAGUUGCCGUUCUCCUGUUUUUCGUUUUAUUUUAUGACCGGAUCUUAGAAAUUGGGUUAUUAUUGUAUUCUUAGGCAUAUAUUUUGUUUAAAUGGAACAUAUCCUCUAAAUUGACUAAGAAACACGUAAGAGCUUAAACAAUAUUAAGCAAUUAUUUUAUUCAGGUUUAAUUUUAAUGUCUCGUAAUAGUAGUGUUGAUACAUUUUAGUAUAAGUUAGACUGGGUCACUGUCUCAACUGUCUCUUUGUUUCUUAGUGCUUAGACUUAGUAUAGUAGUUGUUUGUACAACUUUGUUAUAAGUUAUUGUUUUUAAUCUUAGUUAGCCCUAGUCAAUUUAGUCAGGGCAUUCAAAGUCAAAGUAUUGUCUCUAUAGUCAGUACUAAUAAUAAACUAGAAAAUUACUACUACCAAUACUUCUAUUGUCCUGCACUCUCACACUGACUUAGGCUUAGUUAGAUUGAAGUUGUAGUCUCAGUCUCACCAUCUUCACUUAACCGAAGUUAACCAUAGCCUUAAUCUUUAUUUGGGGGGGGGGGGGGGGGGGGGGGAGAGAGAGAGAGAGAAACCUGUGCACUGGCUACUCUCAUUUAAAUGGCAUUGAAACAGUAUCAGUCAGAAAACUUAUACAAAUAUAGUUUAAAAUCUUAAAGUACUACUUAGUUUUUAGUUUAGUACCUAAGAUCACUGAACUUAUUUAAUUAUUGAAUUUUAUUGACGGCAUCUGCAUUACUGCAUUGAAUCAUAUUCAUUGCCUUUGUCAAUGCUUGGCAUUAGCCUUCUCAGCUUCUGACGAUACUGGUAGGCCUACUGACAUUGAAUUUGAGUACUGAUGAAGAAGGCUACUCUUGGUCUUGGCAGUGCAGUCUCUUACUUAGUACUUAGUUUAGUUAACCUAGUUUUUAAAUUUAAGUUGUUUCUACUUCUACCUUUAUACUUUUUAUAUAUAAUGUAACUCAUGCUAAUUAUUGAGGUAGUAGCAUGGUUAACUAAUUUACUUAAUUGAUAGUUCAGGAUGCCGGCUUCUCUUUUGUAGUAAUUUAAUAAUUAAUUCACUUCUUUCACUCCUUAACUCGAUUGGCCUGUCAAACAAUGAAGUAGAUGAUAACUUCCACGAAUAAAUUGCACAGUACUUUAUUACUUCACUUACUACAACAAUAAUGAUAAUAUGUCUUGCAUUAAUAUCCAAGUAACAAAUCCAGAAUGCAAUUAUCUCAUACAUAUAUAAUAUAAUACUCCACAGCAUAAUAGAAAUAAUUCACAUGACAGUAAGUUAAACACGUCCUCUCUUCUCUUCGACUUAAGAUGUACUGCCCUGAUCACUUAGAAUAAGUUAGAACAUGCGGUUCAUCUCCGCCGUACAAAAAUAUAGUUCAUUCUCUUUUCCCGUGAAAUAAUGCUAGUUAGUGGAGUUCACUAUUCAAAUCAUGACACCUCCCUGACUUAAUGGUUUCGUGUGCAAAAUUGCAGACAUGGUCUGUUACACGCCCUACGUAAAAAUUAUAGUACAGCAUGAAAUAAACUAAAAAAAACUGCUAAUCAUUAAAUGCAAUGCUGGGUGUGUGACAAUCAAAAUUCUUCAAUGUUAUUGUAUCAAAAUGUCAUAAUCAUUCAAUAUCUACCGUAUAAUUGAGUAAUCAUUAUUAUUAACAUAUUAUCCAAAUCUUUAUAUUAUAAAGUUGUAAGACAACUCUAUCUUAAGAAAAUAUGUCACAACAUAGAAAAUGUCAUUCAUAAACUAUAAGUAUAAGUCAUAGUCUCUAGACUAUUACUGGUGGUAGUCGAGAUAGACUUGAGAGAUAUAAUCUUUUAAGUUUAAUAAAUAUUCAUUAUUUUAUUAUUUAUAUGAUAUGCAUUAUUUAAAAAUUAUUAAUUAUGGCUUAUGAGUAUAAUAACUAUAUAAUCUAUACUAUGUGUAUGGCCUAGAACAGAAGUCUCAAACCACCAUAAGAACUUUUAGUUGGAUCAGUCUCUGCACUCCAAUCAGUUAAAUUAAUCAGAAAAUCAGUAAAAAUAUAAAUGUAUCCACCCCAAGACCUAACAUUCUGUGUUACUCAGCUGUAAAUGUCACGCUAAUUUUUGUUGGUGCUAAUUUCUUGUUAUGUUCUAUAGUUUAAUGAAGAAUGUAGCAUUUGACAUUAUCUUACUAUUGUUGGAGAGACUUUACCAUCACCUAGACAGCCUUAAAAAAUAUGCUAAGAGUGCUUUUCCUAGACUUUUCAUCACCAUUUAACACUAUUUUACCUCAAAAAAACUGUACAAUUUCGGCGUAAACAGACAAGUCGUUAACUUAUUCUACAGUGUAACAAUUGGAAGCCUACUUAAUUUAAAUAUUACCUGCUGGUGUGGGAAAUAAUCGUCUGAUAUUAAACACCGCAUAAACCGACUAAUCAAGAAAGCUAGGAACAUAAAACAAACUUAACAUCUUUCACUUGAAGAACUAUUUGAAGAAAGAUGUUAUUUUUAAACUAACACAUUUUGGAUGAUACAUCCCACCCUCUUCAUCACAGAUACUUCUUCUUCUUCUUAUAUUUGAGGGCCCACGAUCAAUUUGUUGAUCAUUCUACUUCAGAUACUUAGGAUCUGCCCUUUCGGGAUGAAUUCUUUCCGUUAAGGCGAGGACUGAAAGAUAUAAAAAUUCUUUUGUUCCCCAAUCUGUAUGAAUUUACCAGCAUGCUGCCCCAGAAGUCACAAAACUAAAUGAGAACUAAUAAGUCCCUGAUGUGACUAAGAGAGUUCAUUGAAUGGCUGAUUUUUCACUAGUGAAAUAAUUUAAUGUAGAUGUCUUGAGUUCAAACUGUUUUAUUUAUGUGCUGAAAAUGUACAAUGCAAUUAACAAAAGAAUCUCAUCUUAUCUAAUAUUUUUUUAUCUUCUAUUAUGAUCUUAGCAUGGACAACAUAAGUUUGGGAAGCAGCACUGGAUCUGGUGAUGGGAAGGAAACAGUUUGUCAGCUGAGCAGCACAGAGCAUACAAAGCAGUUAAUUGCAAACAUUGAUCAGAUGAGGACUGACUCUAACUACUCUGACAUUGUUAUUUUAAUAGAGGAUCUCCGAUUCCCAUGUCAUAAAGUUAGUUGUAUUCCUUCCUAUGUGAUAAAGUUAGUUGCAAUUUUAUAUCAUUAUUUUAAUAGAGGAUCUCAGAGUCCCUUGUCAUGAAGUUAAUUGUAAUUUUUGUUUUAAGUAAUGAAUUGAUGUAAUUGUUGUAAUAAUUGAGUUUCAUUAUGAUAGCUAUCAGUAUCACUAUCAGUGGGAAAGUGUGAGGUGAUGGGCACACUGUAUGAUUAGUUUGAACAAAAAAUUCUAAUAAUUAGGUGAGAAAAGUGUCGUUUACUAGUGGAGCCGUCCAUAAAGUAUGCCAUUUUAACAUACAUAUAAAACCUGAAAUUGACAGGUUUAACUUUCUGUUGUGAUGGAUGUAUGCUGACCAGAUGUCACUUUUAUAAAUUUAACACUUAUUAAUAGUGAAGUGUGUUUUAGAAUAAAUUCUAAUUAAAUUUCAUUUUUUUACAAUUUUUUAGUUCAAAAGUAUGACUUACUUUAAAAAAAGUGUGGGGUGGGGGUGGUGUUCUUAACUAGCAUGACUUACUGGUACUUUGCAUUGCCCCUAAUCUGAUUGCUUGUAUAUUUAUUUUUAAAAUUUAGGUAAUACUUGCUGCAGGCUCCCCAUAUUUCAAGUCCAUGUUUGCCUCAGGCAUGGAAGAAAGUCGAAAGAGAGAGAUAGAAAUGAAGCAAAUAGAUCCGAUUGUGUUUGGCCAUGUCAUUCUUUUCAUUUACACUGGGAAUGUUGAGAUAUCGUCUUCAACUGUGCAGGAGCUUUUCAUUCAAGCACAGCUUUUUCAGGUAAACCCCUGACCUCUUUGUUUCAUAAUUGUUAAUACCUGUCAAGUUACUUCAGUUAUAUUUUUUUUAAUUUUAAGGAAUUUUUCUCUCUUUAGAGCCCAUUUAUAAUUUAUUGUUAAUGUAAAUAAAUAAUUCUCUUUUUUCCGCCUCAUAAUUAUUUUUUUUCAAACAGAUCUAUUCGCUGGUUGAACUUUGUGUCACUUACCUAGAGCAGUCCAUGAGUGAACCCAACUGUCUUGCAGCUAUGACUCUAGCUGAAGCUCACGGACACAAGCCUAUGUAUGACUUUGCUCUACGUUUUGCCUGCAGACACUUUGAUACAAUUAAAUAUGAUGAGGACUUUGUCAAAUUGUCAGUGAAGUGUGUUGUGGACUUAUUAAAAGACAGAAGACUCAAGUGCAGUAAUGAAGAAGAGGUAACAUAAUUUAUUUAUAUUCUUCCUCUUAUUUUGAGCUACUAAAACGUAUUAAUAUACAGUCUUAUUUGAUAUGCAUUAACUUCUAUUCUUUUUUCAUACAUUAGUAUUAUAUAAUAAUAAUAUAAGGGAUAUAGGAGAAAUAUCCAUUAGUAUUCUACAUGAUUUGAUCUUAAAGCAAUGCUGCUGAUAUGGAGGGACAAAAUGUAUAUUUUUUUUUUACCUCUCUUCACAAAAUGACCUCCAGGUUUAUGAAGCCGCGGUUAGGUGGCUGGAUAAUGAUGUUGAACACAGGAAAUGUUACCGCUACAAAGUCCUUUCUUGUAUUAAGUUUCCUCACAUAAAUCAGAGCUAUCUAAUCGAUUGUGUCAUCAAAGCUGGACACCUGGCGGAUGACCAACGGGGGAGGGAGUUAUUAGAUGAAGCUGUACUUUAUCAUACAGUGCCUUCACGCAGACACAUGCUGCCUUCAUAUCAGGUAUUUAACCUUUGUCUAUGCCAGCAGGUCUCAGAAUAUUUCAAAUAUUAAAUUUUUUAAAUUAUACAUUUAUGGAAAAAAUAAUAUUUUUAAACUGUAGUUAAUCUAGGCGAAUGGCUUAAACCUGUUUCCGUAAUUUAAUCCAACUAUACAUAAAUAUAUUUCGUAUACUUUAAGCCAAAUAUACAUAAAUGUGUACUGGUAUUUUAACUAUACAGAGUGCGCCACAAGAAGUAUGACUUGUGGGUAAGUGAAAAAAACAACCAAAUUGUUCAUUCAUUCUGUCAUACUAUCGCUGUAGGCAGGCUAUUUUUGUGGCCCACCCUGUAUAAUAGUACCAUUGUGAAAAGGAUAGUUUAAUACUUUGUAUGCAAAUAGCAUAUUUAAUCAUAAAAAAAACUCUCUAACCCACCCACUGUAAAAAAAUAAUAACAAAACAAUGAUUAACUUUUAUUAGAACAAGUUAUUUACUUUUUGUUUUCAGGACACAUAUUCAUAAAUAAUUAAAUGAAUGCAAUCUUUUUUAAAGAUGUAUUCAAUUCAUCUUCAUGCAUUAAUACCUUUAUAAUAUGAUCUGCAAAAUUUUGACUUUCAAAUUAAAAUGAGUUGUUCCAACUUUUGCAUUGUUCCAUAUUUAAUUAUUAUGUAGAGCAAUUUUAUUUCCGAAAAAUAAAAAUCUCUAUAGCUCUACUUAUAUAUUAAAAUGUUAAUAUAAUUCAAAUAAAAAUUUUAAUAAUUAAGUCAUUAUUGUCACUUUAGGAGUUCAUUUAUGGCCUAUCUCUACCAUAGAUAAAUUAAAUACUUUAGAUGACUUGUGUUUAAAUUGUUAUAAUUGUAAAAUGUCUUGGUUUAAAUAUAUAUUUUUUUAUGUGCAGAAAAUAAAUAUGUACAAUGUAAUCAAAAAACAUUUCCAUUUAUUUGGAUCAAUAAAGAAUCUUAUUUUAUCGUUAGUCUUAAUCAAACUUAUGAUAAAAUACAUUUUCCUAAUAAUUCUGCAGUUGAUACUAGUUAGUUAUUUACUGUUUAUCAUAACGUAAAAGAAUGAGACUAUUUAAAAAUAAUUUCAUCUCCACAGUUCACACCUCGGUACACAUUUCCUUAUCAUGAAUGUGCAAUUCUCCUUGGUGGCAGAUUGGUGGAUGGUCUGAGCAAUGAAGUAGAAUGCUACAGAUCUGAUACGCAAGAAUUCUCACAGCUCCGCACCCUGCCAUUUAAGAAAAGAAAUGAAUUUGCUGCUUGUGCUGUAGGGGACGAGGUCUAUGUCUCAGGAGGACUUAGGAGUCAAGAAUUCUGGAAGUACGACCCAACUUUCGACUCUUGGCUCCGGGGAGCGAACAUGCUGGUGGCCAGGCGCAGGCACGCGAUGGCGGCUGUGGACCACACCAUUUAUGUCCUUGGAGGUUUUGAUGAGGAAGCAGUUUUGGAAUCCAUCGAAAAGUGGGAGCGGAAAUCCAAUAAAUGGGAGGAAGCUGGUCGCCUUUCGCAAGCUGUGGAAAACAUGGGUUUUGUUGCUUUCGGGAAGCACAUAUAUUUGUUUGGUGGUAAAAACAUUGAAGAGUUUGUCACAAACACAGUGCAGUGUUUUGAUACGGUCACAUCAACCUGCAGUGUGUUACAGAAAUCUCUUCCCGCACAUGAUAUGUGUCUGAGUGCCUGUGUCUUGGAUGGAGCCAUCUAUGUUGUUGGCCUGGAAGGGUUUUUCCGGUACAUACCAGCACAGGAGGAGUGGGAGCUCCUGCAGGACAUGAACCUGCCACGGGAUUUUGUCAGUCUGGCUGUCCUGGAUCAGAAACUCUUCGCCUUUGGAGGCCGCAGGCGUGGGGCUAAGGACAAUUUGUAUUCAGAAGCUAUAGAAAUGUACAACCCAGAAACCAACUUGUGGGAGUCAGCUGGAACCAUGCCUCUCCGCAUGUAUUCAUAUGGCUGUGUGAGAAUCUUGCUUAGUCAGCAUAGGGGCGGACAGGACAGUUCCUCUCUUCAUAAGGUAAAAAAGACAGACAAUUGAUAUUUUUUUAAACCAGAAAUAAGCUGAACUUUUGAUGACACAGAACUGUUAAUUUUGUUUACUGGAUAUUAAUCAUAGACCAUAACUUUCUGCAAAAAGUGUUCUGUAAUAUUUUGGUAAUUAUGGCUAUAAUAAUAUCUAUUAAAAGAAAACAUUUUUCUUGUAUGUAAAAUAACUUAACAUCAAGGAUGUCUUUUUUACUUGGCAAAUUAUGUGAAAGAUAUAUUUUUAGGGAAAAGGCAGUCAUUAAGUUAUGAAUGACAAAUAUUUUUUAUAACUAUUUCUUGGUUUCUUGUAAACUUAAGGAAAAUUGAAAUUUUUCAGUCACUUUUUGAAAUGAAUUAUUUAAACAACCUUAAAUUACAAAACCAGUAUAUUAAUUAUGGUUUAUGCAUAUUUCAAAAUUUACUUUUACAUUUCACCUUUUUUUUUAAAAACUGAUUUUUGGGGA